CGGAACGCGAAGGAGCAGUGUCUGAAGAAGAUAAAGAAACAUGGAUGGCCAUAGUUAUUCCAGGGAAUUUUAUGACAGAUAUGCACAAAGCCAGGAAAAAUCUGUGGUCAAUAAAAUGCAGCAAAAAUAUUGGAAAACAAAACAAACUCUUAUUAAAGUCACUGGAAAGAAGGAAGAUGAACAUGUCGUGGCCUCAGAUGCAGACCUGGAUGCAAAACUAGAGUUGUUCCACUCAAUUCAGAGAACGUGUAUGGAGCUGCUUAAAGCAAUUGAGCUAUAUCAAAAAAGGAUCUGCUUUUUGUCUCAGGAAGAAAAUGAAUUGGGGAAAUUUCUUAGAUCACAGGGUUCUCAGGAUAAAACCAGAGCAGGAAAAAUGAUGCAGGCGACAGGAAAGGCCCUCUGCUUUUCUUCUCAGCAAAGAUUAGCGUUGCGUACUCCUUUGAGCAGGCUGUAUCAAGAAGUGGAGACUUUUAGAUAUAGGGCUAUCUCAGAUACCUGGCUGACAGUAAACCGAAUGGAACAGUAUCGAACUGAAUACCGAGGGGCGCUACUGUGGAUGAAAGAUGUCUCUCAAGAGCUGGAUCCUGAUCUUUACAAGCAGAUGGAGAAGUUCAGGAAGGUGCAAGCACAAGUACGCCACACAAAACUGAACUUUGACAAAUUGAAGACUGACGUCUGUCAGAAAGUAGAUCUUCUUGGAGCUAGCAGAUGCAACCUCCUGUCUCAUGUACUAACAACAUAUCAGACAACCCUUCUUCAUUUCUGGGAAAAAACCUCACACACCAUGGCAGCUAUCCAUGAAAGUUUCAAAGGUUAUCAGCCAUAUGAAUUCACUAUGUUAAAGAGUCUGCAAGAUCCUGUAAAUAAACUAACUGAAAGAACAGAAAAAGAGGAUUUGCAGACUGAGAGCACCAAGUCAGUCGAUGAUCAGCAGAGUCAGUUGAUUUCAUUAUAUGAGGAAAACCACAGCAAGGAACCAAGCUAUUCAGCUGAAGACAGCAAAGACAUCCUGACUACGCUGGGAGAAAAUUUUAAUCAUAGAGAAAACUCAGGUACCAUCGAUGAUUUGCUAGAUCUGAAACCUGAAGAAAAUGCUUGGGAGUACAGAAGCAAAGGAAAAGCUUCAAACUCCCCCGAGCUGGAUUCUGGUGAAAAAGAUGAUAUGGUAUUGCUAAAUGAGAUCCUCAAUGCUACCUCCUUGGAUGAGGGAGAAUUCAGCAAAGAGUGGACAGCUGUCUUUGGACAGGACCCACUCACUGAUCCCACCACAAACUCCUCAGUUGGAGAAAUGGAGACCGCUCCAUCAGCAGCAGCAGCACCUUCAGGCUUCCUUCCCUCGCAGCUCUUAGACCAAAACAUGAAUGAUUUACAGUCCUCUCUACAUGGUUGGGCAGCUAACAGUGUUAGCCCUCCAUCGAUACCACAGCCAGCACAGAAAUCAAACAGCUUGAAUGUGAAUGCCAACAAGACGCCUGUGAAAGAACCUGCAAAGAAUCCGAAAGAUCUCACUGCUUGGUUCAGUCUUUUUGCUGACCUUGACCCACUAUCCAAUCCUGAUGCAGUUGGGAAAACAGAUAAAGAACAUGAAUUGCUCAAUGCAUGAGUCUGCUGCCUAUGGUAACUCACAUUCCUUCAUUCAUCAACACUAUUUUUGGGUUUAGAAGACUAAAACAAAAUCAGUAUGCUGUUGUGAAAGUAUGAAGUACAUGCCAUUAUAAUAAAACUAAAGGGAUUUAGCCCCCUUUUCUAUAGGUACAAUUAUUUGCUCUUGUUUUGUAUAAAGAGUUUGCAUUUAUUUUCUAUGUGGACUUACAAAAUGAAAUUAAAAUUUAGGGCAGAUUUCUUGCCAUAUUAGCAUACCUGCUGAAACACUGUCUUUGCCUGAGGUGAUACAGAGCUAAUGCUAGAGUGAAAUACAAAUUACAGACCUAUUUUUUUAUAAUGUUUCUGGUGUAAAUCAAAAAAAAAUCAUGUAAUGAAAGAAGCUGCAUGAGUCCAAUAACUAUUGUAUAUAUAUUACUGCUGUGUUGAGAUGUCAACUAAAUUUGUUUUGUUAGUAUUCAUAGUGAAAAAUUCCUGCUGGGGCCAACUACUGAAAGAUUAUAUUUGGGUCUCUUGAGCUGUGGUAUUCAUGCUCUCUCUGAUCUAAAUUAUUAGACAAACUGUACUACACAAGACCAAAAAUACUGCCAGACUGCAUCCUUUCUGAAUUUUCCAUUGCACCAACAGAAUUUGCACAUGCACAGCAAAAGUUUGGUACCACUACUGCUUAUUACAUGCCUUUAAUGCCUUCAGGUUUUCUGUUCAGAACAUUUGUCAUCAAACUUAUUUCAGAAGCAUGUGUUUCUUGUUCUGGUGUGACACUAACUCUUUAAUAAAAUGAUUUUGACAAAAUGGGA